UAAUGGAAAUGCCAACGCAGACACGAGCUGUGUGAAGUCCUGUCACCUGCUCCGCACGUCACGUGACAUGAUGGUACCGUGAGGCAAUGGGUUUGAAUGGAAUAGUAGACGCACUAUUAAGUUCUUACUCCACCUGAGAAACAUAUGUAGUUGUACACAGGGCAAAAUCUGUGUUUCAUCCAUACCUGCUCGGAAACUACACAAUUUCCAAGACUUCAACAUAACAAACACUGGCAGGAAAAAAAACCCCCGGGCGAACAUACUCUGUACAAUGUCUGCCGAUGAGUGUAUAUCACAGAGUGAUUCCAAGGAAAUUGCUGUCUCUGGAAAUGAUAGUGAAGGUUCUGUUAAAACUGAAGAAUAUCAGACCGUAGCACUCCAUGACUCCAAAGACCAACCCAAUGGAGAUUGUUCAUUCUCUGUAAUGAAGAGUAACACAGGCAAUGACCCUGCUAUACCAUUGACGACUGGAGGUGUGCGUCUCGCUCCAGCCCAGGACCUGUGGAGCACAGUCAAAAACAAGCCUGUCAAACUGAGGAUGGAGACAUCGGGACUCGGCUCAGAACCUCCAAUGACGAUCCAUCAGAUGUUCCUGGCUACAGUGCAGAAGUACGGAGACUACCCUGCCCUCCGUGGAAAGAAGGAUGGAACAUGGGUCACUCUGACCUAUAAGGAGUACUAUCAACAUGCAAGAGCAGCAGCCAAAAGCUUUCUGAAGCUUGGCCUGGAGCGAUUCCAUGGGGUCGGCAUUCUGGGCUUCAAUUCUCCUGAAUGGUUUAUAGCAGACGUUGGAUGUAUCCUAGCAGGGGGACUGGCCACUGGAGUCUACACAACUAACUCUCCAGAGGCCUGCCAGUAUGUCGCUGAUAACUGUGAAGCUAAUGUUCUGGUGGUCGAAAACAACAAACAACUGAUCAAAAUCCUCCAGGUCAGAGAUCAGCUGCCACAUUUGAAGGCUAUUGUUCAGUACAAGGGUGAACUGGAGCAGAAGUUACCCAAUGUAUAUACAUGGGCUGAAUUUAUGAAGUUGGGAGAGAGUGUCCCUGAUGUUGAGCUGGAUGUGCUGAUAGACAGUCAAAAGGCCAACGAGUGCUGCACAUUAAUCUACACAUCAGGCACCACAGGGAAUCCCAAAGGGGUCAUGCUCAGCCAUGAUAAUAUCACUUGGACAGCCACUGCAGCAGGUCUCAUGACCAGUCUGAAGAUGUCUGAGGAGGAAAUCGUGAGCUACUUGCCCUUGAGUCACGUGGCAGCCCAGGUCCAAGACAUGUGGAUCUGCAUGAGGUUUGCCGCCAUAACCAAUUUCGCCGAGCCAGAUGCCCUGAAGGGCUCCUUGGCCAACACUCUGAGAGAGGUGCGUCCCACGAGCUUCUUGGGAGUUCCCCGAGUGUGGGAAAAAAUGCAGGAAGCAAUGAAAUCUGUUGGUGCGAAGUCGUCCGUCACGAAGAAGAAGAUUGCAGACUGGGCCAAGGGGAUCGGACUUCAAGCUAGCUAUAAUGCCAUGAAUGGUGAUUCCUCAGUGCCGUGGGGCUUCACGUUGGCGAAUGCCCUGGUUUUCAAGAACGUAAGAAAAGCUCUGGGUCUUGACCGCUGUAAGGCCUGUUACACAGGUGCAGCUCCCAUCACCAAAGACACACUGGAGUACUUCAUGAGCCUUUACAUCACUGCCUUUGAGCUGUACGGCAUGAGCGAGAGCACUGGACCUCACACCAUCUCCUGGGCUGAGGGUUAUCGCAUUAUGAGUUGUGGUAAAGUGUUGACUGGCUGCAAAACUAAGUUAGACAAGCCGGAUACUGAUGGGAACGGUGAGAUCUGUUUCUGGGGGAGGCAUGUGUUUAUGGGAUACCUGAACAUGCCAGACAAGAUUGAGGAGGCACUGGAUGCAGAAGGGUGGCUUCACUCAGGAGACCUGGGCAAACACGACAAAGAUGACUUCCUGUACAUCACCGGCAGAAUAAAAGAAUUAAUCAUUACUGCUGGUGGAGAAAAUGUACCUCCCGUCCCUACUGAGGAUGCCCUAAAGGAGGAGGUGUCAAUCAUCAGCAAUGCCAUGCUGGUUGGAGACAAAAAGAAGUUUCUCUCUAUGCUACUCACACUCAAGUGUAACAUUGAUGACAAUGGAGACCCCACAGAUGAACUGACCCCAUUAGCGGUGGAGUUUUGUCGGCAACAUGGUGUAAUUGCCAGCAAAGUCUCAGAAAUCAUCAACAAAACAGAGCCAGCCAUUUACAAAGUCAUCCAGGAAGGCAUAGACCGCGUAAAUGCCAAAGCCACAUCCAAUGCCCAGAGAGUCCAGAAGUGGACCAUCCUUCCACGAGACUUCUCCAUAUCUGGCGGAGAACUUGGUCCAACCAUGAAGCUCAAAAGGCCUGUUGUCAGUAAAAUGUAUCAAGAAGAUAUAAACAAAUUUUAUGGUGAAUAACAGAAGAACCCAAAUGAAACGGUGGGAAUUAAAUGGCUGACUACACUGGGAUCAUAUUAUUUUGCCAUUGAUCAGUAAUCUGUAUUUUGCUCACUCCAGGGCUUCCAAUGGACCUCACUAUUAUAACACAUCUCAUUGGCCUAAGUCAGACUUUACAUUAUUUUAUACCAAUAGAUUUAUUGGCUUCUACAAAGUUGCAAUUAAUCAGUUUUAUAUCUAUCUAUUUGUCAUUAUAACUGGUUCUGUGUUUUCUGUACAAUAUAUGAAAUUGGAGUUGAUUGUAAGUGAUAUUACUGUGCGUAUUACUGUUGUUAAAACCGGCAUAUGAAGUCAAUUUGUCUAAAUAGAAAUAGGUUUAGACUGAGUCUCACAUGAUCUGUACAGGAUAAUACUGUUGCUUGCAUACCGAGUAUUGUUGGUACUU